UUUUAGGGUCUACCAAAGUUGAGGACUUUGUAUAAAGGUGGGUGUGGGGCUUUUGUGUCUUUAAACGGGAGAGUUGGUGAGACACUAUUUUUGCAUUAGUGGAACUUGUUCAUAGCUAGUACUGGUGGUGCUUCCCUCUAGCUAGUGUUGUGUGUGUAAUAUGGGCAGGCAACCUUGCUGUGAUAAACUUGGGGUCAAGAAAGGGCCAUGGACAGCUGAGGAGGACAAGAAACUCAUCAAUUUCAUUCUCACCAAUGGCCAGUGCUGUUGGAGAGCUGUCCCUAAGCUUGCCGGACUCCGGCGAUGCGGCAAGAGUUGCCGUCUUCGUUGGACUAAUUAUCUUCGUCCUGACUUGAAGAGAGGCCUUCUAACUGAAGCAGAAGAGCAGCUGGUUAUUGAUCUUCAUGCUCGUCUUGGCAAUAGGUGGUCAAAGAUUGCUGCUAGGUUGCCUGGAAGGACAGACAAUGAGAUCAAGAAUCACUGGAACACCCACAUCAAGAAAAAGCUUAUUAAGAUGGGGAUUGAUCCUGUUACGCACGAAUCCUUCCAUAAAGAGCCCAGGACCGAGGAAAGUUCAUCGAUAUCCCAGACUGAUAAUCUUUUACCGGAAUCUGGCAGCAAGAACAACAGUAGUAUGCGAGAAAAUGAUGGUGGCAUCGUAAACUCGGAGGAAAAUUCAAGCUCAUCGCAUGAAAAUUGUUGUAGUGAUGAAUCGAUUCUAUUAGAUAGUAUCUGCAACGACGAAACGUUAUUGAAUAGCUUGUGGAUGGAUGAGCCUCCUCUAGUUGACGCAUCAUGGAACAAUAAUAAUCCUCCUGCAACAGAUAAUACUAACAAUAAUGGAGAAUUGGGUUAUCCAUAUCCAUCGUGGGAAGAUAAUUGCACCUGGUUAUUGGAUUGCCAAGACUUUGGAGUCCAUGAUUUUGGCUUUGAUUGCUUCGACGACCUGGAGUUUAAGUCACUGAACGCAUUAGAGAUGGAACAAAAGCACUAGAAUAAUCGUAUGUUACGUACGUACGUAGUGAGAAAAUUUUAAGGUUCAAAUGGGAGGAAAAAACAAAAGAAAUUAAAAGGAUACAGAAAGAAUCAUGUAUAGCUGAAGUUAGGUUCUGGAAAGUGCUGAAUUUUUAUCAGUUAUGCAUCAGAUCAUAGUUGGGGGGUCGAAGCAAAACCUGUCUUCUUUAGAGGUUUCUCACCAACCAAGUCAAAAACAGUCCCAAAAAAAUAUCAUUAAAAUUUGACAUUAUUAUUCUUGGUGCUUUUUACGAAUUUCGUAGUCUUAUGUGUAACAGAUAGGGACCCGUUUGGACCAUUGUCUAAAAACAAAAUGUUAGUGGGCUUGUCUGAAAAUUAUAACAUUAUUUGUAUAUAAAUGUUGUAUGAUGUUGCGAAUAAAUUAAAGUGGAUAUACAAUUUAUAUUUAUAUUA